AUGCCCGUGGAUCUUCAUGUUCAGAGCACCAUUUUCGGCAAGCUGAUGCGCCUUGUUUCGCGCAAUAAGGUCUUCCAGUAUCCCGACGAGGUUGAUCCUUCCUCGUGGAAGAACGCGAUCCAGGAAGAUCCGACGCAGCUGCCACGUCAGACUUCGCCAUCCACCGUUGAUCUAGUCAACGCGUCGGGCAAGGAGGCGCAGAAUGGCGCGGUGCAUGAGCAACAACAGGCGAGAAAACGCGAGAAAUGUGAUGUGACCAUCGUGGGCUGGUAUGGGCCGGAUGAUCCAGAGAACCCCCAAAAUUGGCCGAAUAGGUUGAAGCACCUUAUCACUUUCCAGAUGUGCAUCCUUAAUUUUGCCGUCUACAUCGCGAGCUCGAUUUAUGUGCCGGGCGAGCCUGGCCUCAUGGAAGAAUUUGGUGUUGGUGAGGUUGUCGCAACGUUGGGUCUUUCGCUAUUUACCCUCGGUUAUGGAUUGGGUCCUAUGCUGUGGUCCCCAUUGUCGGAGAUGCCACAACUGGGACGAACUGGUAUUUUCUUCUGGACACUCUUGGCAUUUAUCCUAUUUCAACUUCCCGUCGGAUUGGCCCCCAACGUCGCCGUAUUUCUCGUUUUCCGAUUGGUGACAGGGUUCUGUGGCAGCCCUUGCCUAGCUACGGGCGGCGGUACCAUCAAUGACAUCUACCCACCCAUAGCAGUGCCGUACGCCUUGUGUAUUUGGUCGUCGGCGGGUGUAUUGGGUCCAGUCUUUGGGCCCCUCAUUGGCGGGUACCUUGCAUCGGCCAUGGGCUGGCGCUGGACCAUCUGGGUCUUCACAUGCCUGUGUAGCCUGGUGCUCAUUAUCAUGUUCUUCUUCUUUCCAGAGACAAGUGCCGAUAAUAUCCUCUACAAUCGAGCGAAGAGAUUGCGCAAGGCUACAGGGAACGAGGGCCUGCGAAGCCGGACCGAAAUUGACGCGGCCAACCAUACCACCAGAGACGACCUCGAAGUCCUCGCGAGAGCGUUUACUCUUACAUUCAGUGAACCCAUCGUGCUGCUCAUGGAUUUAUACGCGGGCCUCCUCUACGGUGUGCUCUUCAUAUGGUUCGAGUCCUUCCCGAUCGUGUUCGGGAGCAUCUAUGGCUUUAACUCAGGCCAGCAAGGACUUGUCUUCCUCGGCAUCUUGGUUUUCACAGUAAUAUCUGUACCCAUAUUCCUUCUCUGGGUAAACAAAAAACUUGUGCCCCAAAUGUCUUCGCCAAAUUUCAAACCCGAGGCGGUUCUUCCCCCAACGUUCGUUGGGUGCUUCGCCCUUCCUAUCUGUCUCUUCUGGUUCGGUUGGACCUCACGAGAAAGCGUACACUGGAUCGUACCCAUCAUUGGCUCAGGCCUCUUUGCCGUCGGCGUCGUCACCCUUUUCAACUCGGUGUACACAUACAUCGGCAUUGUAUAUGCCAAAUAUGCCGCCUCCAUCUUCGCAGGGGCUGCUCUCUUCCGUGCCUCGCUCGGUGCAGCUUUCCCACUUUUCGCACGAGCGAUGUUUAAGCGGCUCGGCGUCGGUCCAGGCAACUCCCUACUGGGUGGGAUCGCUAUUCUGUUUAUUCCGGUUCCUUUCGUGUUUUAUCGAUAUGGUGAACGGAUCCGAAGCUGGAGCAAGCGUGCACAGUAG